CCCAAUCCUCACGCUCGAUCGCGCCUGUACUUCUGCACUCUUCGUUUUCCUCUGCUCGGCAUCUGUCGCGUGAACAUGGCAGCUGGCACUAAGGGCGACGGCCCGGCGAUCGGCAUCGACCUCGGGACGACCUACUCCUGUGUGGCCGUGUGGCGGCCGGUGCACCAACGCGUGGAGGUCAUCGCCAACGACCAGGGCAACCUCACCACGCCUUCCUGCGUCGCCUUCACCGACACCUGGCGUCUCAUCGGCGACGCGGCCAUGAACCAGGCUGCCAUGAACCCCGUCAACACCGUCUUCGAUGCAAAGCGGCUGAUCGGUCGACGCUUCAGCGAAGAGUCGGUGCAAGGAGAUAUGAAGUUGUGGCCUUUCAAAGUCAUUUCAGGCCGUAGCGAUCGACCAAUGAUCGUGGUGAAGUACAGGGGCGAGGAGAAGCAGUUCGCUGCUGAAGAAAUAUCCUCCAUGGUGCUUGUCAAGAUGAGGGAGACAGCGGAGACCUACCUUGGCACCACGGUGAAGGAUGCUGUCAUCACCGUGCCAGUCUACUUCAACGACUCGCAGCGCCAGUCCACCCUCGAUGCUGGUGCCAUUGCUGGCCUCAACGUCACGCGCAUUAUCAACGAGCCCUCCGCCGCAGCCAUCGCCUACGGUCUCGACGAUACUUCUGCUAAUGGUGAAGCUAAGACGGUGCUCAUAUUUGAUUAUGGUGGUGGCACCUUGGAUAUCUCUGUCAUCAAAAUUGACAAUGGUACCUUUAAUGUCAAGGCCACGUCUGGUGACACCCACCUUGGAGGGGAGGAUCUCAACAACCGGAUGGUGGAGCAUUUCGUGCAGGAUUUCUUGAAGAAACACAAGAGUGACCUCAGAAGCAACCCGAAGGCGCUGAUGCGGCUCAGGACUGCUUGCGAGAGGGCCAAGAGGAUGUUGUCUUCCACGGCAGAGGCUAAGAUCGAGAUCGACUCCCUCCACGACGGCAUUGACUUCUACGCGACCAUCACCCGCGCCCGGUUCGAGGAACUCAACUUGGACCUCUUCAGCAAGUGCAUUAUGCAUGUGGCGAAGUGCCUUGGCGACGCCGAGAUGGACAAGUCACAGGUCCAUGACGUUGUGCUUGUGGGUGGCUCCACCAAGAUCCCCAAGGUGCAGCAGCUGCUGCAGGAUUUCUUUCACGGGAAGAAGCUCUGCAAGAGCAUCAACCCCGACGAGGCCGUCGCCUACGGCGCUGCUGUCCAAGCCGCCAUCCAUAACGGCCAGUACAACCAGAAGGUGAAGGACUUGGUCCUUCUCGAUGUCACGCCGCUGUCGCUCGGGAUAGAGUUGGUAGGUGGUGUCAUGAGCGUGGUGAUACCCAGGAACACUACCAUCCCGGCCAAGAAGGAGAGGGGUUAUACAACCGACGUUGACUACCAGACCGCCGUGCCCUUCUCGGUGUACGAGGGGGAAGCAGGGUUGGUCAAGGAUAACAAUCUGCUCGGCAUGUUCAAUCUCACUGGCGUCCCUCCAGCGCCGAGGCUCGUGCCAAAGCUCAAUGUGACGUUCGAAAUCAAUGCAAGUGGCAUCCUGGAAGUAACGGCGGAGGAAAGGCCGACCGGAAACAAGAACAGCAUCACCAUCACCAACGACAAGGGCGGGCUGAGCAAGCAAGAGAUUGAUAGGAUGGUUCGUGAUGCCAACAAGUACUAGUCCGACGACAAGAGAAAAAAGUGAAGGAACGAUCAUGGCCAUGAGGGUCCUGAAGCUUGUUUAAUCCUAAAAUCACUCUGCUUUUGAUUUACCAUGGAUGCUUAUUAGUACCGGUACUAUUCUGCAACUUCUGGCAUUGCGCAUGUGCAUGUUCGUCCUAGCCUGGCUUGUGUUUACUGUUAUUUUGUUUUGUGAACCA